AUGACUGAAAUAGAACUAAAUCAACAAAAUAUUCAUGACCUUCAGCAAUUGUGCCAACAACUACUCUUUCAGUUAAAUGAUUCUGAUAAUGAAAAUUUGAAAACUAAAAUAGAAAUGCAAUCAGCACUAGAAGAAUUAAAUGCAGAAAAUGAACAACUAAGAACACAAAUAUUAGUUCUCAAUCAAAAAAGGUUUGAGUUAGAAUAUUCGCUUCAUGUAAAUGAAUCAGAAAAAAUAGAAAUUCAAAAACAAUUUGAAAAAGAGGUUGAAGUACUUAAUGAAAAAGUAAAGAAAAUCAAAGAGAAAAAGAAAGCCAUUCAUAAAACUGUUAAUGACUUACAAAAUAAAAUCAACUUUAAUAAAAUUCAAAGUAUCUCUUUAAAUGAAACAUUGAAAAGUCAAAUAAGUAAAAGUGUUAAAUUUGAAAAACAAAUUAAUGAAUUAAUGAAUCAAAUUACAUAUAUAAAAAACAGUUUUAAGUAUAUAAAUGAAAUUAUAAACGGUAAAGAGUUAUUUGAAAAUAAUCAAAAUGAUUUUCAAUUAAUAAAUGAUAAUGAAUUAAAAGGAUUAAUAUUACAAACUUUUCAUAUGGUUCAAAAACAAGUUAAUGAACUAAAAGUGUCAGAGUCUAAAACUAUUCUAUUUCAACAAGAAAAUAAACAAUUAAAGAAUUUAAUAGAACAAAAAAAUACUAAACUUGAAGAAUUAAAAAAAUAUAAAAAAGAAUGUAUUGAAGAAAAUAAUCAUUUAAAAGUAGAACAUGAAGAAUUAAAUGGUAUUAUUAAAGAACAAAUAAACCAAAUGAAAGAACAACAAAAACAAAUUGAAAGUCUUAAAAAAGAAAACAUAUGUAUAAAAUAUGAAAAUGAACCUAAAGAAGAAAAAGAACAAAUAAAUAAAUAUGAUGAAAUGAAUUUUAACAUUAAUUUAACAAGAAUUGAAAAAAAAAUUAAUUGUAAAGUUGGUUAUUUAAAUGGUGGUAUUAUUUUUGAUAAUUAUCAUAUCUUUAAAUUUAAAUCAAUUCAAAAGGAUGAGCAUAUUUGUAUUAUUAAUGAAGGACUCCCUGUUAAAAUUCAUUUAUGUGAAAAUAAAGAACAAAUCAUUAUUCCUUUUGAAGAUAAUGACAAACCAUUAAAAUUAAAAGGAGGUAAUGAAGUUAUUAUUGGGUUUAAUGAAGAAAUUAUAAAUAUUGGUAAAGAAUGUAGCUUAACCUUUAUAGACUAUUCUCCAUUUUGUAGAAUACAUAUAUUUAAUGGUAUUAUUGAUUCAAAAAAUAUUAUUUUUCAACAUGAAUGUUUUGUUACAGUUUUUGAUAAAAAGAAAUCUGUUGAACCAUUAAUGAUUGGAAAUAAUGUUAUUCAACCAGGAAAAGAAUUACUUGAAGUUAUUAGUAUUAAUUCUAUUUCUAAACCAUUAAUUGUAUUAACUGUUGAAUCAAUAGAAACUCCAACAAAAUCAAUGGAAGCUUAUUCAAUGCAAACUGUUUUUAAACCAAAAAUAAAAGAAGGAGAAUAUUUUUAUAUUGACUCAACACUAACAUAUACUUCAGAAGGUAUUCCUUAUAUGUUUCCAAUUCCUUAUAAAGAUGAAUCUUCAUAUUUAAUAUAUUUUAUAAGACCAGGAUAUUCAAAUGAUUAUAUAACAAUACAAGUAAUUGAACAAAUUGGUUAA